UUCACGGAACGAUCGACAGUAGACAAUCUGCGGAGCAGCAGAGAGGUUGCCUGCAGUCAAGCACGCGAAAACAACAUCCUCCUCUUCCACUAAUCAAUCAGCAGCGUUUUGUGGUGAUUGCGUUAAUCGUGCACCGAACGUGAUACGUGUCGGAUCGAUCGUUCCGGGAAUUCGGAACUUUUUGCGUGUGCGAGACAGGACACGCACAAGUAGUUCGUGCCAGUAGUACUGGAAGUGAUUGCCAUAACCUAAAUCCUGAGUGAGAUAUGAUCGAGAGGCGGAAGAAUCGGUAGAGAAACCCGUCCCACCGUAUAUACGUCUAGACCCUCGGAGGGGAUCUAUCUCGCUUCCAUCAGAACGAUCACUCUCUCUAUCUCUCUCUAUCUCGCUCUUACGUUCAGUGUUCUGAAACGAUCGGCGGGGAUUCCGGUUUUUGUGGUGCUUCUGCUCUGUGCCCUGCCUAUAAUCGUUAUAAAAACCAUACUACCAACCCGUCGCUGCAGUUCAGUGUGGUGGUGUCGAUCGUCCACAACGGACACCAGACAGCAGAGGAGUGUGUGAUUCGAGCUGCUGGUUCGAGCUCUCGUGUUUGUGUGUAGGUCAUUGUGUGAUUAGCGUGAAGAUGGGCAUCAGACGGGACGAAAGCGUCGCACGGCUACUGCUGCUACUGGGCUGCGUUGCACUGCAGACUUCGGCAGCACUCGCACAGUCGCAGCAAACCUUCCGCUCGCAACCACAGUACGGCAAUCGUGGUUCCUCGUUCGCUGCUCCCGCACUAACACAGGCAGCACCGGCACCCGUUGUGUCACAGCCGCCGGCGACGCGGGAUACGUUCCGGUACAACCCGGCGUCGGCCGCCGUUACCGAGCUGGCCCGGCUGAUCGGCAGCAUACUGGGGCAGCAGAGCAAGGCCGCCGUCUUCUCGCCCGUCAGCAUUGCGUGCGCCCUGUCGCUGAUGCUGCUCGGGGCGGAGGCCAAAACCAAGGACGAGCUGAUCCAGGUGCUCGGGUUCGAGCAGUAUCGGAACCAUCUGCACAACAUCCACCAGCUGUACAGCGACAUGCUGAAGGAUCUGGCCCGGACCGAGUUCGACCGGCGGCCGCCACACUGGCGCACCUCCAACCCGUGCUACGACGAUGACGACGAGGAGGAUGCGGCGGCCGCUGCGGCCGAAUUCCCGCUCCAGAAGGACGUGAUACGCGUCACGAACGCGGUGUUUGUGCAGGAGGGCUUCCCGCUGAAUGGUGGCUUCACGUACUACUCGAACCGGUACUACAGCAGCAAUGCCACCAACGUACCGUUCGCCGCCAAUCCGGCCAAGGCAGUGGCACUGAUCAAUGCGUGGGCAGCCCGCAGCACCGAGGGCCGGAUCCGGGACAUCGUGUCCGAGUCGGUGGCGGCCGACGCGGAAAUGAUCGUCGCGAGCGCUCUGUACUUCAAGGGGCUUUGGUCGGAACCGUUCGAGCCGCAGGCGACCGAGCUGAAACCGUUCUACCCGGACGGGUACGGGCGAGAGUUGAAGCUGAUACCGAGCAUGUCGACCGUUGGCUGCUACCCGUACUACGAUUCGCCCGAGCUGGACGCGAAGAUCGUUGGGCUGUCGUACCAGGGCAACAAGUCAGCGCUGUACAUCAUACAGCCGAACAAUAGUACGCGCCAGAGGAUGCAGGAGUUCCAGCGCCGCCUAACGCCGGCCAUGAUCGGCGAGCUCGUGUCGAAGAUGACGCAGCGCAAGAUGUACCUGCAGCUGCCGAAGAUGCAGAUCACCAACACGAUCAAUCUGCGCGACGUGCUGCAGCGGCUCGGGCUGCACACGAUCUUUAACCGCGGGCAGAGCGACCUGUCCGGGAUGGUGGCGGUGCCACCACUGUCAGUCGAACAGUUUGCGACCCGGUUUGGCUUAGCGGAUACCGAACGGCCGGCCGACCCAACGGCCGUCAUCUUUCCGCACGAGGACCACUACUCCCAGCCGCAACUGCAGCCGUCGUCGACAGACAUACGGCGCGGUACGAGCAACAGUAACAACAUCAACGCUGCAACUGGCCAGCAGCAGGAGCCGGCAAGGGGGGCCGGCCCGCAGCUGCACGUGAGCGAGUUCAUUCACCGGGUCGAGCUGGAGAUCAACGAGAAGGGUACGGAGGGUGGGGCGAUCACGUCGUCCACCAUCUUCCGGGCGCUGCCGUCCAUCAAUUUGCGCAUCGACGCACCGUUCCUGCUGCUGGUCGGGCAUGACGAAACGCGACUGCCCCUGUUCUACGGCACGAUCUACGAUCCAGCCUCCACAAUGAAACACUUGCAAAUGCUUCCCAUCGCACUGUGCGUGCUUCUGGUGCCGAUCGUUCAUGGUCAGUGGAAUCGGUACUACACACAAGCCCCGCAGGCGCGCUACACACCAAUGGUGCGUACGGCGCAGCGAGUCGCACUGCGUCACAGCUUUGAAACCGAUGGCACCCCAGCGCCUUCCACGGUUCGACCUCGCCCACCGGCACCACCGACCAAUGCACCGAGCCAGCUGCCUGCACUAACCCCGGACAAUGAUGCCAAAAUCUCCCAGCUGGUCGUUGACUUUAUGAUGCGCAUCAGCCGUACGCUGCCGCAACAGCAAAGCCGCACCGAGCUGUUCUCACCGCUGAGCAUCAUUACCGUUGCGAACCUGCUGUUCCUUGGGUCGGGCGGAAGUACGCACGAAGAGUUUGGCAAGGUGCUGACACCGUCCAGCAUGAACUGGAAGCGUAUGCAUCAGCGGUAUGGGAACGUGCUGGCGAACCUGAUGUCACCGGAGCCGAUCGACAGUCGGCGGGAUCAGUGGCGCCGUCAAACGUGCCCGCGCGAUGAUGACUACGAAGAUGGGGAAGGUGGUCCGGCUCCAAAGUCACAGGUAAUCCGUGUCGCGAACGGUAUCUUCUACCAGAAGGAUCUGCCCAUGCGUCAGCAGUACGUCAUGCUUGCCCGCAGCCUGUACGGUGCGCUGAUUCAACCGAUCGACCCACAAGCAUCCGCCGCCUCCACCGCGCUGAUCAACCGUUGGGUCAGUGACGUUACCGCCGGCAAGAUACGCAACAUGCUCGAGGGUCCGCUGAGCCCCAGCUCGAGUGUGGUGAUCGCGAACGCGCUCUACUUCAAAGCCAAGUGGAAGACGCAGUUCGAACCGCUCGUAACGCGCGAUGCACCCUUCUUCCCGGACGGGCUCGAUGGACCGUCGUACCGCGUAAAGAUGAUGAGCAUGAGCGGCUGCCUGCCGUUCUACCGUGUGCGCGACUCGCUCGACACCACGAUCGUGGGCCUACCGUACCGGGACGACACCAGCACGAUGUACCUGAUACAGCCGGCCAACUCGAGCAGGACGGCCAUCCGCCGGCUGCAGGCAACGCUCACCGGCAAGAUGCUCGACUCGUGGAUCAGCCAGAUGAAGCUCCAGUCGACGAUGGUGCGGCUGCCGAAGAUGCACCUCCGGAACAGUGUCGAUCUGCUGCAGUCCUUCCAGAAGCUGGGCUUCAACUCCAUCCUAAGCCCGGCGAAGAGCGACCUCUCGAACAUGAUCGAUAGUAGCAGCAGUGCGGGACCGAAGCCGUACGUGAAUCAGAUCCUGCACAAGCUAGAUCUCACGAUCGAUGAGGAAGGUACGGAGGGUGCAGCGGCCACCUCGGCGCUGGUCGAUCGUAUCGGAUCCCAGCGCCAGUUCAAUGGCAACGCACCGUUCCUGAUCUAUCUGCGCCACGAUGCGACCGGGCUGCCGCUGUUCUACGGGCCGAUAUUCGAUCCGCGCUAAUCGCUUAUCCCCCCCCCCCCCCCCCCGAUGUCUACACAGGGUGGAAGAGGAUUUACCAAAGAGCUCACACAGUGCGUACUUCUGACGCGUCUCGUUAUUUAUUUAGUGCGCCGCUCCAAAGGGCGGAUGCUCUGGAUGAAACCAGGGAUGAAUUCGAAUUUAACAAGUAUCUUGCAUUGAAUAAAAAACAAGAAGGUAUUAUUAUUUGUAAAGUAAGGUAGAUGAGUAUAAGGUACGCGAAAAAUGUCGGAUAAUGCAUUUGAAACUGUUAGAGUAGCUCGAAGAUACUUAAAUGACGUCAUCAUGAUUGAAGGUGCAUUUUUUUUUUAAUAAAACAAGUCCAUAAAGAACAA